AUAUCAAUUGUACGGAUAACAUGUGCUCAAGACUAAGACUUUUCUCUACCUAUAAUCUGCACAAUCCUCACCUAAAAUAUGUAGUUUGAUUAUUGUUCAACGUCAGUCCAAUCAAUAUCAAUCACCUAGCAGAUAAGAUUCCUCAAUUCUCUCCCCCACCAUUUCAUCCAUAGCUCUUAUUUAUUUGAGCUCGGAGGUUCAGAUCUCAGCACUCACACAGAUGGCAGAGCUUAAGGAAAUGGUGCUGAAAGUUGACCUACAGUGUUCUAAGUGUUACAAAAAAGUGAAGAAAGUUCUUUGCAAAUUUCCCGAGAUACGAGACCAAGUUUACGACGAGAAGCAAAACACAGUGACAAUAAAAGUGGUGAGCUGCUGUCCUGAAAGACUCAUGCAAAAGAUACGCUGCAAAGGCUGUAAAGUAAUCAAGAGUAUCGAAAUCAAGCAGCCUAAAAAGCCUGAUCCUCCAAAGCCACAAAAAGAGCCUCCUCCUCCAGCACCAACACAGUCCAAGCCUCCUCCUCCAGCACCAACACAGUCCAAGCCUCCUCCUCCAGCACCAACACACUGCAAGCCUCCUCCUCCACCACAGAACACUGCAAGCCUCCUCCUCCAGCACCCUGUUACUCACCUUGCUGCCCGAAUUACCCCAAACCCUGUUACCCACCUUGCUACCUGAUUUACCCCACACCCUGUUACCCACCUUGCUACCCGAAUUACUGCAGCUACUGUUGGGGACCGUGUCAUUGCAGGAGUCGUAGGGAUUGCUUUUGUGAAGAAAAUCCCUCAAAUUGCUUAGUUAUGUAACUGGAUUAAUGCUUGAUAUAUUCAUUGCUAUGAAUGUCAUGUGCUUGAUUACCGCGAUCGAUAUUGUUUUUACUGAGGUCAUGAAUAAAAUUAAUCUUGCAAUUAAGCCA